AUGAGGCCUUCGGUAGCGUACACUUUCCUCAUUUUUCUGUGGACAUCCUCGAGAGCCGUGCAUUCCUUCAGCGCGAGAAGUCUGACGCACAUCACGCACCAGCGACUUGCGCACCAGGAAGCAUGGGGAGGUUUGUCAGAUGCUCUGCAGUCUGCGGGAGAGGCGAUCUCCUCUGCAGCACACGAUGUAGUGGGCUCUGUCACCGACUCAGCGGCCAAGGCCCUGCUAGGUGAUCGAGCAGUGGACAAGUUCGAACUUCCACCCCCCAGCAUCCGGCAGAUCAACAUUCAGGUGGUUACGUGCGUCGGGGCGUUGCUAGCAGUCCUCGGCAUGGGUUACGCGGCCGAUGUGCUGUUCCCAGCGAAGAAAGUGCUCACGCGGCCGUCCUAUACUUGUAUGGCGAUGCUGUUGAGCAGCUAUGCCAUCCUUGUCCCAGGCUUGGUCUCAAACCUCUUCGAGUUCCUGCUGGGUGUGCAAAUGCUGGGCAUCAAUGUCUUGCUGACAGAGGUGGACGGGGAACCAGGCCCGAUCGCCGAGUCCACCUUCGGUUUGGUGCAUCUGCUGUGCCAAACCGGCGGCUACGUGGGCGCGGUUCUGGUGGUCAUUUACGCUAUGGUCAUUCCUUCCGUCAAGCUCGUCGCUCUGAUUGUGGCAGAGAUGUGGCGGGACAGUGAGGACCCACGACAAGUACAAAAAUCCAAGCGCUUUAUUCAGGUCGUGCAGUUCAUCAGCAAAUGGGCUUGCCCAGACAUGUUCGCAUACAUCCUCCUACUGUAUCUCUUUCGGCACCUCGACGGCUCGGGUGGCAUCGUCGUCGCCCCCGCACGCCUGGGCAUCGGCUUUGCUUGCUUCAGCAUCUUCUGCGUCUUCUCCACCUUCUCAACGCUCAUGAUACAGGUGCCGGAAACGUCGGAUGAGGUGAGCGAGGAGAUUGCGCGCCCGAUGGUCGCGCGCUGGUUCGGCACGGAAAACAUUCAACUGGUGACUGCGGCGCUUACCAUCUUGUUUCUGAUCCUUUUUGGAAUGGGGCUCGCCAUGCCGGUGAUGAUCCUCUAUCUCGACUCGAACCUUCUACUUCAGCCCAGAGGUCCCUUGGACCCCUCAAUGAAGCCCAUCAUCGACACGUUGCACAUCGAGGAUCUUGUCAACUCUGAGGUGACGAUCUUCUCGGCAACCUCGGCGCUUGCUGCGUACAUCGCUUCAGGUGAACUAAAUGACAUUUUCGCUGUGGUGAUGCUGACUGUGUUCGUGAUGGCCCUGCCCAUCGCCAACAUGUUUUGCUUGCUUGGGGGGGCCUGGCAUCUGCGGUCAAAGGAGCCUGACACUGCGGCAGCCUGGCAGUUCCUUCGGCACUCGAAGUGGCUGAAGCACAUUUCCAUGCUCGAUGUGUUCAUUAUGGGGAUCAUCGUCGUCACCGCUGCUGGGAGCGCCUACUCACAGCAAGGUGUCCUUUUUGGAGUCAUGGUCGGCCUGUGGAUUCUGCUCCUGGCAGAGGCUACGCAUUACUUCACACACUACCAGGUGCACGAUGUUUACAACUUUCUGGAGAAGAGAGAGAUCGAAGUGCCGGCCAGCAAAGUUCCAGCCUUUACUGAGGGCCUAGACAAGGUUCGUGCUUUCGAGCAGUCCUGGAGCAACGAAAGCGCUCCAGGGACCAGCCAGCUAUUGGAAAGCAGUUCCCCCUCGGCAAGCUUGCCGCAUGUGGCAGACGGAGAAAAGACGCAGGCAGGGGGCGAGGAGCCUUCCAGGAAUUCGCAGCGCAGAGUGGAUUUGAAAGCCUAUGUGCAGAAAAUGUACUUCGCGCUUUUGAGAGAAGGCUUGGAGCCCAAUGAAGCAGCGGCGCUUGCAAUUCGUCAGGCCGCCCAAGUGGACGUCCAGAGAGACACGCAGACCGCCACCCCCUCGGCGAUCGCGCUGCCGGCCCCGCCGCCCCCCCUGGCCGGCUCUCAGAGGUGCUCCUCAACGGCCCAGAAGCUGAAGCAAAGCCAGCAGAAGCCUGGAGAGUGUCAGGAGGAGGUCACAGUUUCCGCCUGA